GUUAUAACUCGACAGUGAGCAUGAGGUAUGCAUAUUUUCCACAGAUCUUCCAGCCUGUUACGUCAUGGUCGUAACCACUUCCGUGAAGAAACUGUGUCGUUCGUGAAACAGUUAGUUGACAAGUUCACGAGCCCCUUGUUACGCAUCUCCUUCAUAACAUUCAACCAUAAGGCCCACCUUGUAAUGCCCCUUACUUAUGACAGAACGAUCGUUGUUGAGAAACUUGAUGAGUUACGAAGUUCGAUUCCCGAUGGGAGGACAUUACUCGGGCUUGGGAUGCUGGAAGUGACGUCACAGAUGAAAAGAAUGAGCCAGAAGCGCGCUAGUGUCGUCAUAAUACUCACGGAUGGGGUUCUAGAUCGAUCCACUCAGAUACUCUCCGUGAAAGAGGCAAACACAGCGCGUACGUUGGGUGGAACUGUGCUUGCAGUUGGAGUUGGAGAUUUUAAUCCAAGUCAACUCAUUGAGAUUGUUGGCGGGUCCAAAAAACUCGUGUUUAAGGCCGCAAGUUUCGACGGUUUGAAUAGAAUCGUAAAACACGUCAUUGAUGGUUCGUGUGUUGAGAUAUCGUCCGUGGAACCAGAGAUAAUAUGCGCUAACUCAAGCUUCGAAGUUUCAGUAUCUGGUAGAGGGUUCAACAAAAGUGGUGACUCAGCUCACGUGAAAUGUAACUUCUGGUUUAACAAAACAACAAGCUUACUGGUGACUCCCACUUCAUUCUCCCCUACCCUGCUAACUUGUCCGUCACCACAACGCGUUGCAUUACGUCCUGGUGACGUCGUAGUGCUACAAGUGACGUUGAACGACGGCGUCAGCUUCGUGUCGAGCAAUGUUACUAUUACGACGGGAGUUUGUGAAAGUUCACCCGGAGUAGUUUGGGCAGCACUGUUCCUUGCUUUACUUGCUCUUAGCUUGGUGUGGUGGUUUUGGAAAGCAAUUUGCUGCGUUGUGGUCGAAGAGAAAAAGAAACCUCCCCGCCCUAACAGAGCUCCACCACGCCCUCCAGCGGCGCUUCAACAACAGCAAGUGUUGGAAACCCAACAAUGGCCGACAGUGGACGCUUCAUAUUAUGGAGGAAGGGGGGCAGGAGGGGUUCAUCCAAUGAAG